AUGUUUCUUGUUCAUCGAGAUGACGCGGGUGCUGAUGAUGGUUUCAGCCUUUACCAUUACCACCCUUCGAUAGCAGCCGCUGUAAUCGUGGCCUUGGUUUUUAUCGGCAUUACCAUACUGCACUUCUGGCAGCUUAUUCAGAAAAGAUGCUGGUUUAUGAUUCCUCUAGCGACUGGUGGUAUCCUCGAAGUUAUUGGGUAUGCAGCCCGUGCCAAAUCUGGCCAAGAAAGCCCUAACUGGACGCUUGGCCCGUAUAUCAUUCAAGCUAUCUUCCUACUAGUUGCUCCAGCCCUCUAUGCCGCCUCCAUUUACAUGGAGCUUGGGCGGAUCAUUGUUAUGGUGGAAGGUGAAUCACGUAGUCUGAUUCCGCUUAAGUGGCUUACAAAGAUGUUUGUCAUUGGAGAUGUUGUCUCAUUUUUCCUUCAAGCAGGAGGUGGGGGCUAUCAAUCAUCAGGCACCUUGGAAGCUUUAGACAACGGUGCCAAAGUCAUUAUUGGUGGUCUAUUUGUCCAACUUGUCUUCUUUGGCCUAUUCAUCGUUGUUGCUGUCGCAUUUAAUUGGUCCGUUAACACAUCUCCAACCGGACGCUCACAUGUAGUUCCCUGGAAGAAGCAUAUGUAUGUGCUCUAUGCUGGGAGCGUGCUGAUUAUGGUUCGAUCUAUAUUCAGAGCUGUUGAGUACCUACAAGGUUCUGAUGGGUAUAUACUUAAGCAUGAAGCAUACCUCUAUGUUUUUGACGCUAUUCUCAUGGUUCUUGUCAUGGUUCUCUUCAGCUGGUACCAUCCUGCUGAGAUCUUGAUAAUAAUUCUACAGAGGGGCAACGAUAACGGGAUGAAGUUGGGUUUUGUUCCUGCUAUGCAUCACCGCUUGACUUCAGAUGUGUAG